ACGUCGAAGCCCCUCUGAGACAGAAGCCAAGAGAAGAGCCCAUUAUUCUCAUAGCAGAAUCCUCCACGGCGCAUGACGACGAUUUUUUUCAUGUAAAAGUGGCAACUCAAGCCUGACCCGCUCUCCGAUAUGAAUGCUAAAGUGAUGCCUCCUCCUGAAACAAUGUACUGCGCCCAGCAGAUCAACAUCCCUCCAGAGCUGCCUGAUAUUUUAAAGCAGUUCACAAAAGCUGCAAUCAAGACACAGCCACAUGAUGUGCUGCAAUGGGCAUCUGACUAUUUUUCAGCAUUAUCAAAAGGUCAGGACCUACCUGUCAAGGAGAGGCUUGAAAUGCCAGUGGCAACUCAGAAAGCAGACACAGGGCUUACACCAGACCUUCUAAAGAUCCUUCAUCAACAGUUCGCACCAAAAGAAAUCAUUACAAAAGAGGAGCUUCUUCAGAAGUGGAAAGGCCUGUGCUUACCUAUUGAACAGCUUGACACAAUCCUUGCUCUUGGCAACUUCAGUGAAAAUAUCAUUUGGAUGCAGUUUUUUGCUUUAGGAUGCAGUGCUUUGGGUGGGACCAUCACAAGUGCUUUGAAACACGUAUGUGAAAUACUCACAGAGGACCCCGAGGGUGGUGCAGCCCAGAUUCCUUUUGACACAUUUCAGAGUCUGUACACAUACUUGGCACAUCUGGAUGGAGAAAUUCCUAAUGAACAGAUCGACAGCUUCUUGCAUAGUUUAGAGGAGUAUGCAGAAUGCCAAGGAGGAAUGGUGCAACCUUCAAAUUUUACAAGCCUCCACAGUGCUGAGAAGCCUGAGUAAAAUCCAGUACAAAUGGUCCUCAGGUGGUGAUAUCUCACAACACGCUCGAAAACUAUUGAUCCUAGUUACUGUCUUGUGUUUGCCCUCUUUAUCCUGUAUAUUAUGAUGUGAUUUGAUUAUUU